AUGACCACCUCCAUUACAAGGCCCCGCACUGGGUCUGCAAAAUGGGGUCGUCCCCGAUCAUCCUCCCAAGCCCGCGCUGUUCCCCAACAGUCUCUUGACCUUGACCUCACCAUCACCGGAACGCCAACACCAGGACUGAACCCAGACUCUUCAAGAAUCCUCCACUGGCCACCGGGUGAGUGA